AUGAAUUCACGUUAUAGACACCCCACCAACAGGCUGAGUUCUUUUGGCUUAACUGUUUUUAGUUUUAUCUUGACACCAGAUACACCCGGCUCACCAGAUUGCAUAUUAUUGCGACCAUACUGCCCACCGGUUUUCUGCGUUUGUCUUCUUGGUAUGACGUCCUUAUCUCACGCCUCGCCAUACCCUCCGAGUUACGCGGAUUUGGCUCCAAAUUCGCCACGGUUUGCGAUUUAUGAUGAUCCUCAUACCAGUAUCACAGAUAAGUUGCCUGGUUAUGUUCCCUCUAUCAACCACAUUGGAUUGUCGUUUCUGAAGCUGGAAUCGAUAUCCCCGCUAUUACGAAGUACAUACGACGGCAACGACGCGAGGAUGCCCUCCGAUUUUGAGCCCGUGAUACUGGAGCUUAAUUCAACACAACUGAAUGUCUACAGGCUGGAAGAUUCAAAAAUGUUCGAUUACUCGCUUGCCCUGUUUGAGAGCUUAUCGUGUGUUGAUCUGGACCCAACAUUAAAUGUCAAGGAUGCCAGGGCUGUUUUAAGAGAGGCCCAAAGCAUGGCUACUAUGGACCAACAGAAUUCGAAAAGACCGUUAUUCAAAAAGGGUUUCGGGUUUUCGACCCAACCCUCGUUGAAAAGGAAGGAUCUAGCCACUAACAAGUACAGAUUGGUCUAUAAUCUACUGAAUUUCAAGCCGGAUCUGUCCAGGCUCGGCGAUAGGGAGUCACUCCCCAGCACAUAUUUGAAGGCUCUGAAGUCUCUUCGUGGCGAGAAGCUUAAAAGUUACACGUUGCAAAGGUUGGUGAUAGGGAAUGCUUCCGACUACGCGAGGAAACCAUUCACGUUAAGGUUGCGUGUUGAGAAGGACCAGCUGUUGAUGUGUUCUUACUCUUUACAGCAGUUCAUGGAAUGGUAUUUCAAACUGAGCUACGCCAGUGACGUGAGUCUUCCUCUAGAGUCAAGAGAUCUGCCUCACGUGAGAACUGUUCCCAGACGUAGUCGGAGGAAUAGAAUGUUGAUUGGUUUGCAGAGUGGAAAUGGUGGUUUUGAUCGUACCGCUAACACCUCUCGUACUACAAUAACUCAGCCUAGACACUCUGGCGCGGAGGCUCUUCAAUUUGAGUACCAGAAUGGUGAAAUCAGACGUAACACGUUCUCAUCGUUUGGUGAGGUUGACCAGGAAGUGGUUCCUCUUCUCAGUGUCGCAGGAAGGAGUAGGACUCGGGAAGAAGAUCGUGUGUUCGAAGAAGACGAUUUCGACGACGAAGAGAUUGAUUUCGAAAGCACUGAGAUCUCCGAGGUGCAGACACCCGAGACUACACCACCAGAAAGCAUAGCGAGAUCAACCUCGAUAUCCGAAAGUGUUGACGACGAAGUCGACGAAGAGGAUGAGGAAGAUCUCGAGGGCGAGAACGAAUUCUUUUCGCAAAGCAACCAGGAUGAGAACUUUCCCAUUGCACUUGCAGAAGCCGAAAAUAGUGAUGCUUUUGAUCCGUUGGAGCCUUCUCCCAUCUCGCAGUAUUGUACGAACUCGGAUGACUAUGAGUCGCGCAAGGACCAGCCCCUUACUCUUUCAUGGGCUCAAGAGUACAAAGAGCUGCGAUACAUGAUCAGGUGUAUUCGUCCACUGAGAGAGAAAACCAAGUGGAUUGGUUCUAAAUUAGUGGUUUCACAGUCUUUUUAUCCACCUGAGAUCCCACAGCAAGAGACAACGCCCAGGAGACAGUCUGACUCGAAAACCAAAAGGUUCAGGUCUAUUCUCUCAACCAGGAAGGGGGAUUUUGCUGCUGGAAUGACCGAAUAUAGGAAGAGGUCCUCCACCAUGUGCAUUGAGUACUGCGUCACUACUGGGGGAUUGACUGUUUAA